AUGUCGGACUCUCCGGGUGUAGACGUGUGCCCUCUGGGUCAGUUCCCCUGCGGGAAUCUGUCGGUCUGUUUACCGCAGCUCAAACACUGCAAUGGUCACCAGGACUGUCCAAACGGAGCGGACGAGGAGAACUGCGUGGAUAACAGCGGAUGGCCCCACCUGUUUGAUGCCUUCAUGAAGACCAGAGUUCAGGAGCCAGAGGAAUGCAUGCUGGAUGUGUAUCCUGAUGUGUGUUUCUGCGCGGGCUGGAAGGUGAACUGUAAUGGUAAACAUCUGCAGCAGGUUCCAGCUGUGUCCUCCAACGUUACUGCACUAGAGCUGAACAGUAACGGUCUCGUCUCUCUUCCUGCUGAUCUGUUCAUCCGCUACAGACGACUGGAGAGACUGCACCUGGAGAAUAACAGAAUAGAGCUGAUCUCUAAGAGAGCGUUCUCCGGCCUCUUCUCUCUGAGGAAACUGUUUUUGAGUCAGAACAGAAUCUCGUCUCUGAAAGCAGGAAUUUUCACUGACCUCAACAGUCUGGAGUGGCUGAUCCUGGACGAGAACAGAAUCUCUUCUCUGCGUCAGAAGUCUUUUGAGGGCCUGAAGUCUUUAUUCUUCCUGUCUCUGUUAAACAAUUCGGUGGAACAGAUGCCCAAGACGUCGCUCUGCUAUGAGAUGCCGCGCCUCAACUGGCUGGAUUUGGAAGGGAACCGGAUUUCGUCAUUGUGGUCGUCUAGUUUUAAAAACUGCUCCUCUCUCACUGUACUAGCUUUAAGGAGGAACCGCAUCAGCACCAUCGAGGACGGAACGUUCUCCAAUAUGCACCGACUCAUAGACCUGGAUCUGUCUGUCAAUCAGAUUCUGGAUCUUCCUCCAUCUCUUUUCCAGAACCUCCAGAACCUCAAGCAGCUGAACAUCUCCAACAACCCCCUGACGCAUGUCUAUGAAAACCAGUUCGACAGUUUCGUCAACCUCCAGUCGCUGAGCAUGGAGGAGGUGGAGAUUCCGAACAUCAGCAUCCGAAUGUUCCGAUCCCUCAGCAACCUCUCCCACAUUUAUUUUAAGCGGUUCGAGUACUGCGGCUACUCCCCGAACGUGCGGAGCUGCAAACCCAACACCGACGGCAUCUCGUCCUUCGAGAACCUGCUGGCCAACAUCAUCCUGCGGGUGUUCGUCUGGGUCGUGGCGUUCGUCAUCUGCUUCGGGAACGUCUUCGUGAUCUGCCUGCGCUCCUGCAUCGCCUCGGAGAACCAGCACCACACCAUGGCCAUCAAAUCCCUCUGCUGUGCAGACUGUUUGAUGGGUGUGUAUCUCUUCUUCAUCGGCGCCUUCGACAUCAAAUACUGCGGCGAGUACAACCGCCAUGCUCAGAUUUGGAUGGAGAGUCUGUCCUGCCAGCUGAUUGGAUCCCUGGCCAUGCUGUCCACGGAGGUUUCGGUGAUGAUGCUGACGUACAUGACGCUGGAGAAGUACCUGUGCAUCGUCUUCCCCUUCCAGCACUACCGGGCCGGCCGGAAGCAGACCCUCUGCUCCCUGACCUCCAUCUGGGCCCUGGGCUUCAUCCUGGCCCUCGUGCCCUUCUGUGACAAGCAGACGUUCGGAAACUUCUAUGGCCGAAACGGCGUCUGCUUCCCCCUGCACUCGGACCAGGCGGAAAAACCCGGAGCGCGGUGCUACUCAACAGGGAUAUUCCUGGGUUUGAACCUCUUCGCCUUCGUGCUGAUCGUGUUCUCCUACACCAGCAUGUUCUACUCGGUACAGAAAACGGCCAAGUCGGCCAGGCAGAUGGCGUUCGACCACGAGGUCUCCAUCGCCAAGCGCUUCUUCUUCAUCGUCUUCACCGACGCCAUGUGCUGGAUACCCAUCUUCCUCCUUAAGAUCCUCUCCCUCCUCCGAGUGCAGAUCGCAGGUACUAUAGUUCUGUGGGUGGUGAUCUUCAUCCUGCCGAUAAACAGCGCUCUGAAUCCGAUCCUCUACACCAUCACCACCAGCACCUUCCAGGAGAAGAUCAAACUGUGUCUGCGCUUCCGCUGCACAGACAACAACUGAUACACGCACGCACA